AUGAAGGCCGAGGAGGCUCAGGAGCUGGCCCAGAAGCUGCAAUCCGAGGCCUCGCAAGCGCGGCAAGAGCUGGAGGCAGCUAAAGCUGAAAGCUCAUCGUGGUCCUCCGAGUUGCUUGAGCUCAGAGAGGCUCGCCAGCAGCUGUCGCAGCAGGCUGCUGAUGCAGCAGCGAGCUGCGAGAGUCACAAGCAGUUGAUCCGAGCUUUGCAGCAAAGCAUGGCGGAGCAGAGCCAGCAGGCUGAGGCGGAGUUGUCAGAGCUUCGCCGACAGUUAGCAGAAGCACAGCCUACAAUCCAACGCGCUUUGCCGGAGUCCGAGUCAGUUGCGAACCCAAUUUGGCUGGAUGCGGCCAAGCAAACGUUGAGGUCCAAAUCUUCAUCGACGCCGCAGCGAAAGAGCUCAGCCGGCGAGUGGCGAGCCAGGGUGCACAGUUUUCCUGGAGCUGUGAAGAUGAUGCAGGUGGAGAUCAGAGAUGUUUGUGCGGUCUAG